AAGGGCUUCCCCUCUCUCUCUCUCUCUCUCUCUAUAGGAUCCACGAUGAAAGCUGUUCUUUUAAGGACCUGUUCGGCACCGGUUCGAUCAUCCCUGGUCCCCGGUUCACCGAAGAUCUCUUUCUCCGGCACAGUCCAAGAUUCCGUUACCGCUGCACUUUUCUCCGGCGAAAACAAGUUGUCUCCGUCAUCGCCGUCGCUGCAUUUGCAGAUCAAAGAAGAAGGUUUAAAGAGUAUCCGGCGAGCGAAGUCGGAAUCUGACUUUGCAUGCUCAAUUAAGAAAGAUUCCGACGGGUUUUAUAAGUUGACUUCUGCCGGAUAUCGGUCUUUUCCGGCGAUGAUUCCGGAGGAAGAAGAGUUGGAUUUCGUUGGCGGCGGUGCCGGAAAAGGUAAACUGAUCGGCGGAGGGAAAGGCGGCGCUGGUGGUGGUGGUGAUGGUUUUGGCACCGGAGGUAGUGCAGAUCAGAGCAAGAUCGAUGCUUAUUAUCAAAAGAUGUUGAAAGCAAAUCCUGGAGAUCCACUUCUUUUAAGGAAUUAUGGACAGUUCUUGCAUCAGGUGGAGAAAGACGCAGUGAGAGCUGAAGAGUACUAUGGAAGAGCGAUAUUAGCAAAUCAAGGAGACGGUGAAGUGUUGUCUCUGUACGGGAAAUUAAUCUGGGAAACGCAUAGAGAUGAAGACAGAGCCAACUCUUACUUCGAGCAGGCGGUUCAAGCUUCCCCUAAUGACUGCUAUGUGAUGGGAUCAUACGCUCACUUCCUGUGGGAUGCAGAUGAAGACGAAGAAGAAGGAGGAGAAAAAAUUAGAGCAGCAUCAGCAGCAGCACCUUUGGUGGAGGCCUUUUGACUUUAAUCAUCCGGCCUCUCUCUCUCUUUCUC